CCGGGCAGCGCCCGGCAGGGCGGCCUUGCCUUCUACGUGCUCUGGGCUCUGCGGGAGCCGCCGCGGCGGCUCGGCAGGUGCGGCCCGGCCCCGGCCUUGCGCGGAGGCGGCCGGUCCCUGUUGGGGCUGGGCUCCCCGCGGGCCGGAGCACCUGCAUGCCAUGCCUUGGCCACUCUGGAAAUGCCGCUGCCCGAGCGGCUGCGCUGCUCCUGCCUCUGGCGGUUCUCCCUUCCCACCGGUUAUUUCCUUCCCGGCAUCCUUACACGGUUUCGUCUUUAAAUGACACAAGCCCUCUCCUUUCACCCUUCCCUGGCAUAAACGUGUUUUCAGGAGUCGUCAUAUAUUUUCCCACCUUUUAUUUUACUCCUUGAUUACUAUCUCUUGUUUUUUUCCCUCCCCUGGCAGCCAGUCCAGCCAGAUGGGUUUCCAGGCUUGGCUGCCACUGCCAUUGCCAAAGCAGCUGGUGGUGUUCGGGCUGGGAGACUGGAGCUGUUACUCUCCAGACACGAGCAUCGCAGUGGAUGUGCUGGUGUCCCCAGAUGUCGCGCCACAGCGGGUCGGCACGCUGGAGCCCAGCCGCAGAUCUCUGGUGUGGGAAGAUGACUGGAGAACAGAUAUUUUCAUGGCCUCAUUGAAAGAGAUGGACAAAGGCAACCCUGUGAGGCUUGUCCUGACUGUCAGUGGACAGCUGCUCCGAGGUGUCUCCAGCAGUACACCUGCCCGUUCCUUUCUUGUACCAGAGACCACCCAGUCACCAGUACUCCCAGCAGAUGAUAGGCCACUUGGUCAGGACCUGGAGGAUCCUACUGGGGUUAAGAGUCAGAGCUCAGAGGUGGCUGCCAGAGCAUCCAGGCCUGUGAAGAAGAACAUCCAACCACCACUGAGGACUGUGGUGGUACCCUGUGCCCUGAAGUCACCAGAUGGAAAGGUGGAAUCCAGUGAGGCCUGGAGGAAGAGUCCUAACCAAGGACCACCAAGAGUCCACUCCAAAAAGCCCAGAAAAGUUUUAUUUGAACCCACAGCAUCUGAGAAAGAUCUUGAUGAAGAAGAUCUGGCAGUGAAGGAGUUGCAAGGCAGUCCCAGCCCUCGAUGGUGCCAUGCCAUGUGCCUCAGUGACCUGGGGACAGCUGUUCUCAUUGGUGGAGAAGGUGUCAAUCAACAGUCCUGCAGGGAUGCUUUCUGGAAGCUGGAAACUGACAGUGAUUCAUGGCUUCCAGUGGGUUUCCAGCUACAGAAUACCAUGCCAUCAUGCUUACAUGGUCACACAGCUACCUAUGACCCUGACACCAAGCGUAUCUACAUCUUUGGGGGCAUAAGGGAGGACAAAGACUACAGCAGCAUGUACAUUCUGGACACAGUCACCUGGAAAUGGCUCCUUGUGGCUGUGAGUACUGCAUCUCUUCCAAGACAAAAGUGCAGGAGAGGUGGCAGGUUCUGUCUGAAUGUGGCAGUCAAUGUGCCCAUUUCCUUAGUCCAAUAGUCUUGGUCCAUUGUUGCUGUAGCUUGUCUGAGAUGUAUAGUUGGGUUUGACAGGUAUUAGGAGGCUGUGUUGAAAAGCCACAUGCUGAACAGAAACCAGGUGCUGUGCCUACAAGGAAUGAAGCAAUGUGAACAAAUGGUUGCUGCAGAGGGCUGUGCCUGACCAAGCUCAAGGGUGGGACAUACUCUACAAGCAGUGGAAGAAAGUGGCCUCUCAUUUUAUAUGGUGCCAUUGAGAGCUGCACCAGAUGCUGAGGUAAAGAGACAGUCUUCUCAAAUCAGGAACUGCCCUGAGCACAGCAGAAUUCUGAGCCUUGUCAGCAUGGGACAUGUCUCUUUCCUGGUAAAGCACAAAGAACCUUUUACAGGGUAAGCCUGGAUGAGAUCUUUCUGUUCCCUGACAUCUUCUGAGGAAGGUGUGGGAGGCUGAUUUCCUUUUCUUAUGAGAGCAUUCUGGUGGUAUAAAGCAUGCCAAGAACAUACUGUCUGCCUGUGUAGCAAAGAUCUGGCUGGGAAGCCAAUAAAGUGAAAAUUGAGACUUGUCAAACUCACUGCAGGAUGUGGGCCCCUUUCCUAUGGGUCAUGCAGCAAAUAAUGCACUUCUUGUAACAAAUAUAUAUUGAACUUUUUCUAGGCAAAAGGGAGGAUACCAGUGCUCACCUACCACAGCGCAACUAUCUACCACAAGGAGCUCUUUGUUUUUGGAGGAACUUUCCCUAGAAAGGCAUCACUGGCAGUUGCACCCUGCAGCAAUGUGCUCUAUGUCUUCAAUCCAGAGCAUGAAAUUUGGUAUCAGCCCAUUUCAGAAGGGGAGAAACCUCUACCUAGGCUUGGGUGAGAGUGCUCUAAUUCCAGCUAUCAAAAAAUAGUGCAGAAAACCUCUGCUUACAUUCCCUCCCACACCAGUGUGAUUUUCUAAGUAUUAGGCGAUUAUUUUCCAGCAUGUACUCCUUAAGACAGGGCUGUGUGUAGAGCAAUGGGAUUCUCAGUACCUCCUGUUGUGAAUGCUGAUGGGAUUCUGUCUGAGGUGUAGACUGAAGCUAUGGCAGCACAGUAGAAGAGGCCAAGGCUAAACCAGAAGUUUGAGAACUUGCUGAAGAUGUUUUAUUCGUUUGCUUGCUCUCUGCCCAGGCAUUCAGCUACUCUAUUGAAAAACAAGCUGCUGAUUUUUGGGGGUCGGAGGACUUCUCUCUACCUCAGUGACAUGCACAUUCUGGAUCUGGGUAAGAAAGUCUGUGCCAUGUGUCUGCCUUGGGAAGGUCUAUUCCAAGACAGGGAGUGAGGUGUGCUCAAUGGGAAAAUAGCAAUAACAUUAUACAAAUUCCUGACUAGACAAUGGAGAUGAAAAACUAUGGCUUAAAGAAAAGCCCUUUCUGGGGCAAUAAGGGAGGGGAUGAAGAAAAAACAAUGGCUUUUUUUUGGCAAGAAGUUGGGUAAUAAAGAAGACAGGUUGUCGAUGUGGCAGAGCUUUUGUCUAGUUAUGAGGCUGAGGUUUUUUGACAUUUCACCUGCCUUUUCUUGGUCUGUCAGGUUUCAUGGAGUACACACCAGUCCCUUUGCUGGCAGGACAGCCUUCUGCACGUUGGUAAGAUUCUAUUGCAGACCCAGGAGCUGUCUUCUGUCACUUCUCUUUGAAGCCAGAUUUAAACAGUGCUUGUGAUCAGACCCAGCUGCAUAUCUCUGUCCCACUAGUCAAAAUACAUGGAUCUUCUCUCUGCUGUGGGGCCAGGAAUUCCUGUGCUGUCCUUGAUGGUGCCAGUAUGGUGUUGGGGGAUAUUCUUUUGCCUCCCUGGAAAUGUCUUUCAGGUUAGGCUAAGUCUUCUGCCCUGUGCUAGUAAAUUGUAUGGCCUGCUGUUUGGUCUUCACAGUGUGUGGAGAGGUAAUGUGCCACACAGAGGAAUAAAUUCCUGUACCAGGACUAUGCUGUUCCUAAAGGGACAGAAUUGCUCACUGUAACAAUGAUCUAAAUGCAGAGCCCAGCUAGCCUGCUCUCACCCCACAGAGCAAAGCAUAGGAGUUUUGAUAGCUCCUUCUGAGAUAAUAAGUUCCUCUUCAGGCCUGAUUGUGGCCUGACCUGCAGAGGCAAACUCCUCUUUUAGGGUUAUUCUGAAAAUCAGGGCAGAGAGAAGCAGAAAUCAACUUUCUUCCUGGAGCUUAAGCCCCCAUCCCUGCCCAUUCCUGAGGCCAUCCAAGCAGGUUUUGUUGUAGUCACCUUUUGACUUUGCUUUGGUCACAGUUUUCAUGCAGCUCUGGCUGUGUCGGACCAGAAGGUUCUGAUCAGCGGAGGCUGCAAUGCCAGAGGAGCCUUCCAUGAUGCCUUUGUUUUCCACCUAGGUGAGUGACUCUCCUGCAAAUACGGCUUUUGAUAGCUUAAGGUGACUCUGGGGCUGCAGUGAUUUUUGAACACCUAGUCUAGUCCAUUUGUGUCAUCCCUUUGCACUAGGAAUGGGCUUGUCAGUAUUGAUAUCCCCUUUCCAUUUCAGAUACUCUUUCAUGGAGCACAGUGAUCCACCACGACCUCUGCUCUGUUCCCCGAGCUGGCCACACAUUGCUUGACCUGACUCCUGCCCACUUGAUGGAUAUGGACAAGGACAAGAAAGAGGAGCAGAACCUGCAUAAGGUGUUGGUCUUUGGGGGCUCCAACUGUGCUGGGACCUUUUAUAACAGCACAGUCAAGAUCCAGCUGGACCUAGGAUAAUGCAUGAUUCUCAGAAUGAGCCUGAACAGCAAGGCUCUUCACCAGCCUAAAUACAGAUAUGGAUGGCAAUAAAUGAGUCCAAGCAACAUGGCAGUACAGGUAUCUGUAUGUAGUUGCAUGCCACCUUGGUACAAGUGAUUGUGGGUUUUUAAAGUCUGAAGGCCAUGGGUAUUGUUUUCCUAGGGUACCUGAUAUACAGUAUAUUGGUUCAGGUGCCAAAGCAUUCGGUGGGAUCUGAGCUGAGCCUGCACAAGCACACAGACACAAGGUUAUGGGUUCCCCUUUUGCCCUACAGAUUUUUAGCUGGAAUUCCCAGGGCACUUUCAGGUUUGAAGGUGACUUAGGUGUUUGGUUUCAUUUGGGAUGAAUAGAAUGGUAUUUACUGCUGCUAUCUGUCCUCAGAGUAAUAGGUACAGGCAUGAUUCUGGUUUGGAGGAAAUCUGGGGUGGGAUUCCCUUGGGCAACAGUCUGCAGCUGAAGGCUAGGAAAACACCUAGAGUGAUAUCUGAGGAAAGGAAAAAGAAGAGAAUCAUUUUCAGUGUAGGGGAGAGAGUUGGUUGUGCCUUGCUGUCACAAUCACCUAGCUUUUCUCUAGGCAGACUUUUUAUAAAUUCUGUGCUCUGGUUAUUGCAAGGGGUCACAGAGUUGCUGACUUGGCUCUUUCAAGACCCAAGAAGGGUUAAGCUAUCUUCCAUCAGAGACUAGAUCUUAUUGUUUAUAUCCAUGGAUGACUGUGCUGUGGCUCUGAGUCAGCUCCAAGGAUAAGCACACUGUG